AUGGUAGGACCCUCGCUUGACCCCACCAAGCCCUCCACCAUCAAGUUCCUCUGCAGCUACGGCGGCAAAAUCCUCCCCCGUUAUCCCGACGGCAAGCUUCGUUAUCUCGGCGGCGAAACCCGCGUCCUCGCCGUCCACCGCAACAUUUCCUUUUCCGAGCUGUUGUUGAAGCUGGGUGAGCUGUGUGGGCCAUCCGUGACCGUGAGCCUACGUUGUCAGUUGCCCGCCGAGGAUCUCGACGCCCUCGUGUCCAUAAAGUCCGAUGAGGAUCUGGACAAUCUCAUCGAAGAAUACGACAGAGCAGCUGCCUCUGCAUCUCCACCGCCUUUUGCCAAUUUGAAGAUCAGAGCCUUCCUUUCCCUCGUCCCUCCCAAACCAUACAAAACGCCGUCGUCUACGCAGUCUUCCUCGGCCUCCGCCUCCACGACGUCCUCCUCCGGCACUUCCUCCUCGUCUAACUACUACUACAGCGCUGCUGCUUCCGGGUCCACUCCCAGGUUCCCCAUGGCGUCCACGCCAGUUGACCGCUGUGUCCGCCAAAUCUCACAGACUACAACGCCGUUUCAGAAAUCAGCUGCCAAGGUUCCUCACUGUGCUAAUAUUUGCCAGGCUCAUGGAAGCCCUAGUAGUCGGCUCUAUCUCAUCCACAACGGCAACCACUGGCAAUAA